GAUCGGACGAGGAUCAGUUGUAGCUCUCGCGUAACUCUAGGCUGCAGCUGGCUGCCGCUUCGUUUUGCUUUCUUUCAGAAUGCCAAGAGCUUGAACUCUCACGACAGAAACUUUUGCGCAGGAAAAUAAAGCCUUUACAUUGCAAGAAAAUAGCAACUUUACAUUACAAGAUGGACCUACUUCACCAAAAAAAUAGAGCGUUGACGUGACAGACGAACUUUUUUGCUUUCAAACUUCCAAACUCACACAGCGAUCAGCAAAGAAGCAGAGGAAUAGUUUUUCUUUUCAUACUAGUUGAGAAACUCCAGGCUUCCCGUUCACUAAAUCCCGUCCACUAAAAAACAAAACGUAUCGGAGGUACUGUAGCAUCAGUACUAAGGGCGUUGCAGCGACGAGGUAGCCACAUUUGCAGAGCAGGCCCAAACGUGCCCGCUCCUUUUUUCAGCGGGGCAAGGUGUUGAGACUCUCGGCAGCGGACUUGUAUUGCAGCGGAGCGCGGGGUCUCUGGCUACCAGGCACCCUGAACUAGGCUGGCAACUAGGAGCCCUCUUGCCACAGAGCUGAGCAGUUGGAGGGGGCCGGAGGCUGUAUCUACCAGGUGAACGCAGCCCCCUUUGGGGGCCGGUAGCUCGGAAGCCUUCAUGCUUUGGCAGCCUAUAUCUUUCCACCAGGUGCGUCAUGCAGUCGCCUUCUACUGGGUAGGCACAGCCUAGGCACCGCCUCCUUCUACCAGGUAUGGUAACUGCAGCUUCCUUUUACCAGGUGCAUGCAGCUUCCUUGGGGAGCCGGCAUCUACCAGGUAGAUACAGCCUCCUGGGGGGCCUGUAGCUAGGGGGCCUUCUGUGGGAGCUUGGGAGCUCUGCUUCUACCGGGUAGAUACAGCCCGCGCUAGGGUGGAGCAGGGUAGCGCUGUUGGCCUUGUCCCCAGCGAAUUCGCUCCCGUUGUUGGCGAUUUACCAAGGUCGUCAGGUCGUGCAGCAGGAAGUUGCUUGAAAUUGAGCACUCUUAUCGGGCGUCAAACUUGAAGAUAAAAGUGUCAACAAACGCGGCCUUGCGCCCCAACGAGCGCAAAGAACGACGAGAAAAGAAAAGCCAACAUAUUUGGAUACAGUGAGUACAACCGCGAUGAAAGAAUCAAAGUCUUUUAAUCUUUUAUCAAGUUAUUUGGAACAACUUUUAGUACAACUACAACUACUUGAUGCGUUAUACCAUCAGGAUCCCCUUUUCCGCCAAUUUGUUGAUGUUUUGAAAAUCACAGAAAAUUAAUACGUCUUAUCUCCCGCUGAAUUAGAAGACACUUCUAAGUAUACGUGAAGAUACGACGAGACGACGGCACUGGUUUCAUUGACGAAGUUGUAGAUAAUUUCUAAAGAUGCCCCCGCCUCCUGCUACCGUGAGUGCUGCUUCUUCUGCCUGAGGACGAGGACAAGGGAAGGAAACCGAGUGUAUUUCAUACACCCCUGAUCAAAACUACAACUACGACUUCUACCCCCGACAGCGAAUAAAGCCGGCUUCUUGCUGCCGUUAAGGAAGCAGCUCCGCACGGGCUUCAUCCGGUAGAGCAGCAAACUUCUUUGACACAGACACCAGGGAACCAAUACGCAUCACGAAAGUUGUCCCUUGAUGUCUGGAAUAAGCUUGUGACGCUGAAGAUAAGUACCUGGAUAAUUGCAAAGUGGCUGGCCGCCGUACGGCACAGCAGCUGCAUGAGAAGUUUUGCGACGCUUGCUGCCGAUUCAUUCGUAAAAGAACUACGCAUGGCUGCAAUAAAGAAACUACCAUAUAAUCGAUCCAGCAUGACAAAGAGGCUAGCCGCUCCGGUACUUCACGCAUCACAGUUCUUGUGGUCCUUCAAAUAUUGCACCACAAAUCCAGACGUCCAGGGAAGAUAUUUGCCAUGCAUACACCACAUCACGACGAAAACGAUGCCGGUCUCCGUGUCUUUUAAAGUGUCGGGUGGGGAUAUCAAAAUGAAAAAUCCCCCAUCCCCGUUUCAAAAGGAAAUUUCUGAUGCUGGAUUUGUGUACACAAAUCCGCGCUGUCUUGCUGGAAAGCACUGAAGGCCCAUGCCAAGCGUGAGUAGCGAGGUUUUCGCAUAGGCACUUAGCAUGACAAACAUCCGCGCUGUAGGGCCAACAGCAUGACAAUCCGCCUGCACAAUGCGGCGGAGCCUGCGGAGUUGCCUUCUUGCAAGACCGACACGAUUUGUGGCCACAAAUCAGCAUCACAAAGUUCCAAAAAUAUACCUUUUCAGUAUGGGGAGGGGGGAUUUUUCCUUUUGAUAGGGGAAGCCUUUUCCCUGGACCUCGAGCUCGAAACGACGGUGGAAGCGGUAAUGUUUUUUCGUGUGUAGUAGUUCUGCAUGACAAUCCUUGACAUUCUAGCACAUUCUGCAUGACAAUGCAUUUAUUAUCAGCGCCAAACAUAUCACUACAGGUGAAGCAGCAGUGCUCCGAGAAGACUUCAAUAGCAGCGAGCGGCAUGAAGCUCAUCUACAAGGGAAGAAUACUCAAAGACAAGGACACGCUGAAAGACCAUUCCGUCGAAAACGGGCACACCAUGCACAUCGUCAAGGGCGCGAGUGCGGCGAGCCCAGCGCCAGCGGCAACAGUAACCACCACUACAACGACGACUUCAACUGCACCCGCGGCAAAUGCCAGUCCGCCGGCGGCAGCACCGCCAAAUCCGCUAGCGGCGGGACUCGGGGGCGCGGCCGGGGCGCCGGGAAUGGGCGCCGGGGGUAUGGACCCGAUGAUGAUGCAGCAGAUGAUGAGCAUGAUGGUACUGAUAUUAGCUCUGCAUGGCCAGCCGGAUUUUCACCACGAUAAUAUAUAAACUGCUUUGCGUGUUUGAUCAAGAACAAGUUGCCACCUUGUACAAAGACUUAUGGUAGAACGACAACGAGAACGAGUACAUGACUCUUCAUAUGAUCAUCUUCACACUAGAACAAUAAAUUCCUCAGGGCGGCGGCGGACAGGGGGGCGCCUUUCCUCCGAUGGGCGGCGCGGCUGGCGGCGCGGCGGCACCAGGUAUCAAAUGCAAAUAUGUCUGGGUCUGGAAGAGUGAAACUUGUGAUGCUGAUUUUGGAUCCUACAAAAAUCUGUAUUGCAUGAGCAGCAAGACCACGAGUCAGUUCUUAACACGCGGAUAGGGCAUUUCUCCUGCGUAAUUAGCAUCAAGAAGCUCUCAAAAAAUCUGUGAUGCUAGCAGCAGCAUCACAGACCUCACGGGUCAUGCAAAAUGUGCAUGACAAGCCGCGACUCUUCUAGACCCAGACAUAAUUGCAAUCCAUACCAGGCGGAAUGCCCGGAAUGGGCGGGCCCGCGGGGAUGCCGGGCAUGAAUCCCGAAAUGAUCCAACAGAUGAUGUCAAACCCCAUGGUGCAGUAUGCAUAUACAAACUUGUCACCGGGUCGUCUGGAAGAUGAUUGCAAGACUUGUCAUGCAGGAUUUCCAUGUUGUUGUUGCCCGAUCCAUUUGGUCUGGCACACACAACCAAGCAUGAAACAUUAGUCGGCGAGAUCCCUACUAUCAUGCCUCUCCUGCGUCUGCGUGAGAAACUGUCCGCAAAAAUGUUGGACAUCAAGAAAUAAAGUCGUGAACAACUUGUGGUAAGAACAAUCUCGCAACACUGAUUUUUGAUGCACGAUACUACAGAAGUAAAGUUUUAGCAUGAUAAGUCGCAACGUGUCUUGUUCCAGACAGAGAUGACGUCUUUGCUUUGCAUACAAAGCAGAGCAUGCAGUAUCAAAUGCAAAAAGGUCUGGGUCUGGGAGAUUGCGAGAUUUGUCAUGCUUGUCUGGCAUGACUCUGAACUCUGUGUUGCAUGGCCGCGAAGAGCUCCUCCUCCCUGUCAUGCAAAAACGCAGCUUCUCAUGCGGAGUACGCAACUCAGAGCCAUGGAAAAAACUUGUCAUGCUUGGCAGCGCAUUAUAGUGAGUUCACUAUUCCCUUUCUUGCAUCACAAGUUUCCAGACCCAGACAUUUUUGCAGUUGAUAUGCAGCAGCUGAUGCAGAACCCGGAGAUGCUGCAGCAGAUGAUAAAUUCGAACCCCAUGCUGCAGCAGAUGAUGCAGCGGGAUCCAAUGGUGGGGCAGAUGAUGCAGAAUCCCGCCAUGAUGCAGUCCAUGAUGCAGAUGAUGUCCAAUCUAUCAAAGUGAAAAAAGCCCCCGCCCCAUAUCGGAAACGGAAGAUGCGCGAAUUUGUGAUGCUGUAUUUGAGUACACAAAUCGACUUGUAUUGCUAGAAGGCCAAGAAACGAAGCUGCGGCCUAAGUUGCAGGUAAUCUGUCAUGCUGUUUCCCACUUGUCUAGUUGCCUCCUGUCAUGCUGGAGACGCAUAGGUUUAUUCCCACGCUAGGCAGCACUACAGUCCGCAUCUUUUGCCUUCUAGCAUCACAAACCUGAUUUGUGAGCACAAAUCUGCAUCACAGAUUUCCGUUUUGAUAUGGGGAGGGGGCAUUUUUCAUUGUAAUACAAUCCGCAAAUGAUGCAGCAGGUGAUGCAGCUCCAGCAGGCCAUGGGUGGCGCGCAGGGCGGCGCGGGCCUGGCCGGCCUGGGUGCCGGCGGCAUGCCCGCAUUAGGCGGCGCGGCCGCGGCGGUGCCACCCGCAAGCGGCGGCGGUGUAGCGCCCGGAGCAGGGGGUGCAGCGGCACCAGGUAUAUAGUUCUUGUUUUCUCGUCGAAAACGAAAAGCAAAACUGUAUGACUUCGUUCGUGAUUCCAUUUACAUGUGACGAGCGAAGGCUGAUCGGCUGCCUCAUGCAAGAACCAACACGAAAAAUUUUCUGAUUGAGCAUGUGCAUCCGUUCAUCUUUAUGCUUUUUUCUACGUAUUGGGCAAACAAAAACUAACCUAACCAGGCGGAGCGCCACCACCUAACAUGGCCGCGCUGAUGCAAAUGUUGGGAGGAGCAGGAGGUACUAGUACCAUUACUGUCCAAUACAUCGAUGAUAGUUUCUUGGUAGAUGAAGGUGAUCGCGUCGACAUCUCUACACCCUCUCUCGAUGCGGUAGUUGUUUCAACUAUCUUGAGCAAGUUUUUCAUCCGUGUUUCAUCCGGGUACUUGUCAUGAUCGUGAAGGAGGAGGUCGUGUCCAGAAAUUCAAGAAAUUGUCUCGAAAAUAAAUGACCUUAGGUGGCAUGCCCGGCGCUGGCGGUGCGCCCGCAGCACCGGCGGAUAACCGGCCACCAGAGGAAAGGUUCACGUCCCAGUUGGAGCAACUGGCAAAUAUGGGCUUCACGGAUCGCCCAUCCAACAUCCAAGCAUUGGUGCAGGCCAAUGGCGACGUGAAUCAGGCAAUUAACUUUUUGCUGGGCGGCUGACCUGGUUGUGGUUUUAUUCUGCUUUUUUUGUCACAAAAAGUUUGAUGAUACUAGUGGUUCUGUCUACGAUGUUUUCUUGUCAAACCUGCCCAGCACCUUCUUUACAAGCGAAACUCGCAAGACUUCCGCUCCCCUCUCCUGCGUGUCAAGGUCAACACAAUUUUUUACCCACGACCUCAAAAUGUGACGAGCAACUUUUUUUUUGCGCCCAGCAGUGUGACUGUGCACGCUGGCGCUCGUCGAAUGUAUCAGGAGGUACGGUGGAGGCAGCGAAUUUUUAAGUUUUAUUUCAACCCGUUUUACUACAACUGAAUACCCGCCGCCCUUUUCUCAAUUUGAAUUUUUUUCUCAAGAAACAGGCCCAGUGGCAGAAAGCCAAAGUCAAAGAAGUGAUUUAGUCAAGCUAGCACGACCUCCUUGAAGAUGAACGAAUAAAUUGCAAUUACAGGAGCCUCGCUGAAGAUUGAUUACCCAAAAAGUACGUCUACGUGUGAAGAUUGUUUGUAGAAAAAGCCAAGAAUAAAACAACAUCAACUGGCAAAUAGCUAAUGGCAAUGUCAGGGCGGCGGCACUGUCGGAGGUACGCCUUCUAGGAACCGGUUUGAUGUUGAACAAGAUUUCGGAGAUAAAAUGACGAAUAUUUUCAGAAAUUACCGUUUAUCGAUCGCCACACGUCGUCGCUAUCGGCCGGAUGAU